AUGGCUCAGUUGACAACUCAUUCAUGGAAGAGCCUCUCCGUGCUGCUCGACUCUGUUAAUAACCUAAAAAUGACACUGCUGACAGUAUUAAUAACCUAUUAUUGGAAAAAACUGCCAUCUGAGAUUGUCCAUUACCAGUCGGUGGACUCUGUGGUGGAAAUAGAAGAUGCGGUACACUACCCAUUAGAGUUCUUGCACACGCUUAAUCCUCCAGGCAUUCCACCACAUCAUCUUUACCUCAAAGUUGGAGCUCCAAUAAUGUUGCUUAGGAACCUGGUUCCACCUAAGCUCUGCAACGUAACUAGGCUACAAAUCAAAGCGUUGCGCAGACACGUUAUACAAGCCGUGAUAUACACUGGAUGUGGCCAGUGGGAAGAGGUUUUUAUCUUACGCAGUCCCUUAAUUCCAUCGGAUUACCAUUUUCAGUUUAAAAGACUACAGUUCCCUGCCAAACUCUGCUUUCCUAUGACGAUAAAUAAAUCGCAAGGGCAGUCCUUGAAAAUGGCCGAUGUUGAUCUAAGGGAAGACUGCUUCUCUCAUGGCCAGUUAUAUGUCGCUUGCUCACGAGUUAGCUCUGCUGAUAGUUUAACUAUCCUUCAGCCUCGUGGAAAAACAAAGAAUGUUGUCUACAAAGAAGUAUUGUAA